AUGGCGCACAGCACCACGAGUGCUGACGGCAUGGAUGACACCGGUACUGGCGCGGCAUACAGCACAGAUGAGGCGGCAGCGGUGUCUACCGCACCCCAUUGUGCAGGCCACAAGCGUUCCAGGUCUUUACGCCUAACGACAACCUCUGCGGAAGAGGUCUUUAGCGAUGUUUGUGAGUACUCUGAUGUUGUGGAACACAGCAAUCGACUGCUAGAGCUCUUACGUGUGCGACGACGAGGGCAAGAAAGUGGCGGAGCGAGCACUUCAACAGAAGGCAUUGAUAGACAUAAUGGCAUUGUAACCAGCAUAAAAGGGAGUGAAGCGCACUGUGUUCAGCCCGCAUCGUUUAGUGUGGUUAAAAUGCCUCUUGUAAGACGGGAAACCUCAACGGAUGAUGUGCUGAUCCAACACGAGAGGAAACCUGGGGCCCACUGGGUCACAACUCAUUCGGUCGGCACACAAACCCAAACACUUACCUCUGAGCCCAGUGACCAGCUGAUGGUUCCAGCCAUGUCGAGAGUUGAUUUCUUGAUGCUUCGGUUGUGUGAGUUGGAUGCCUUGCUUCACAUAUUUUUUUCCUGA